AUCAUGGCCAUAUAUGUAUUUGGAAGAAAAAUAAUGUUUGGUUCUCUACUUUAAGUGGCCUCUAUUAACUCUGGUUGUUGCCAUUUCUAUGUUUCAAACCAGGAAAAGAAAACUAAAUUCAAAUUAUUGAGCUACAUCCCAAAUAAACAACAAUUACAAGUUAAUGUCCUUUUCUCUACUCAUGAAGUUUGCUGAUAUUAUAUCAGCAAGAAUUACUUCCUGUGUAGAAACUGUGAUUGGCACAAUAAUUUCAUGACACAAGGCCAUCAAUUCAUUCUAUCCACUAUCCUACGCUACCUGCAUAAUUGAACCAACUUCAAAUUAAACUACACUUUUCAACCUCCAAUACACAGGCCUACUCUUAUCUUAUCACCACUGAGACUGAUUGCGUGAUACUUGUAUCAAAGCAUGCAUCAAAGACACUGAACCAACAAAUACAUUGUGUCUGAUGUUUUAUAUGUCAACAAUAUAAUUGUUGUAAAAUUCAUCCAAUACACAGGCCUACUGUAAUCACCACUUAGGAUAAAUGAUUUCUACUUGUCUUAGUUGUAGGUGGAAAUUAUUUCUACACGUCUUGUGAUUUUGUUUAUCACAGAGAAUGAACAUUGACUUCGAUACCAAAAUUAAGGCCACAUAUAUCAUUAGUUAUAAUUAUAUUAAUCUUAAUAAUAGAAGAAUCAUUAUAAUCUAUACUAUAACUUUAUUCAUAAAGAAUAAAAUAGUAAUUUUCUCAAUAAAAAAAAAGUCUUCAUCAUCAAAAUCAACAAUUGAGAAGUAAAUUAGUUAAUAGUCCAUAUGGAAAGAAAUAAAUUAUUAAGCCUGGAACGUGCUCGAGUCUAAACAUCUAAGCAUGAUAAAAAGAGAGUAAAAUAUAAUAAGACUACACCAAAAUACAUAUGCUCUAGCUAGAAUUUAGGAAGAUGUAUUAGUUGACCAAAACGACUUUGCUAAGGGUAUGGAGAAGAAGACCAUGUAUCUACCUCAUGAAUUGAUCCUCCAAAUCCUGUUGAGGUUGCCGGUAAAGUCUCUUAUUCGUUUCAAAUGCGUUUGUAAGUUAUGGUUUUCUCUUAUCUCUUAUGAUUCCCACUUUGCAAAUUCACAUUUUCAACUCACAACUGUAAUACACACUCGUAGAAUUCUGUUCAUAUCAACUUCAACUUCUCAAAUUCGAUCUAUAGAUUUUGAAGCAUCGCUUGAUGAUACUGCUUCACUCAACAUUAAUUUUAUGCUUCCCCAAUCUUAUUUAGAUCUUCAAAUUAAAGGUUCAUGUAGAGGCUUCUUAGUUUUGUGGUGUUCCUCAAACAUCUAUUUGUGGAAUCCAUCCACUGGAGUUCACAAGCAAAUACCUUUUCCUCCUUUUGGUUCCAAUUUAGAUGCAACUUAUUUCUAUGGUUUUGGGUAUGACCAGUCUACAGAUGAUUACUUGGUUGUUUCAAUGUCAGAUGAUUCAAAUUCAGCUAAUUUUUACUCACACUUGGAGUUUUUUUCAUUGAGAGCUAAUACAUGGAAAGAAAUUGAGUGUACUACAGGUACUCACUUCCCUUACAUGAAUGCAUGUGAUGAUCCAAGAGUAGGUUCCCUCUUCAAUGAUGCUAUUCAUUGGUUGGCUUUUCGUAAUGACAUACCAAUGAAUGUUAUUGUUGCCUUUCAUUUAUUGGAAAGAAAACUUUUCGAUAUUCAUUUGCCAGAUGAUUUUGAUCAUGAACCGACCGAUUGUGAGUUGUGGGUAUUUAGAGAAUUUCUCAGUCUACGGGCUAUGGAAGAUGAUAUAGUUGAGGUAUGGGUUAUGAAAGAAUACAAUGUGCAUUCGUCUUGGAUUAAAACUCUAGUUCUUCCUAUGGAUGGCAUUCCCAUUCACUACUUUUCCCCUAUAUACUCUUCAAAUGGUAAUAUUAUUGGAACAGACGGUGGUACUGGUUUAGUGAGGUACAAUGACAAAGGAAAAUUGCUAGAUCAUCAUUCAUACUGUAACGAUGCAUGUGGAUCUCAAUUUGCUAUGUACAUAGAAUCUCUGCUCUCACUCGACAAUGAGCAAGAUUAAGAAAAUGACACAAACAAUAAGAAUGAAGUACUUAUGUAUUCGUCGGCCUUCACCAUUUUAUUAUAUUUAUGAUUAUAAUGUAUUAUGAAAUAGUCUCUGCAUCAUGAAAUAUUGCUUGGUUUAUUUUUUGUAAUAUGUUUAUUGAAAGUGUUAUUUGUUU